UUUGAGAUGAAGACCAACGGGAAGGCCAAUUCUACUCAGGAUAUUGCUCUGAUACAAGGAAAGCAUGCGUAUGUUCUGACCGAAAGUGGUACUUCUCUUCAUCGUUUCGCGGCAUUGACAGCCACCGUUCAUAAGGUGAUGCGUAAGUGAUAUACGAUCUCCAACGAAAGUACGACACUACUGGUCGUCAAGCGAGACGACUAAAAUAGAUGUAUCAAUUGCAGGACCGGUCGGUGUUGAUAAUUGUCUCGAAUGCAUCUUCGAGUCGUCAGGGUAAGUAAUCUAUAAUGAGGUAACUAAAAACCUUGUUGUGAUUUUUUUAAAGUUAAGUGUUGUAUUUUAAUAUCAUACAUCAGAUUAACUUGACAGAUCAACACUUUGAUUUGAACUGCACGAUGCAUCAAGCCAUUUUUACCUUGUGAAUUACAAUUGAAGCACUUCUGAAAUCGCUGAUGUUACGUCCACUCCCAAAUCGCGUGAUCAGCACGAUUCUAAUCAGGCUUUCGGCAUAUGCUAUCGAGCAGCUGCAAGUUCUCGGAUUCAUAACUAAUAUGUACAAAGACAAUUGCUGGAAGAGGCGCUGUGGCUCAUACAAAGAACCCGAUGAGGCGGCAUCGGGGGGGGGCAAGAAUGGAUACUAUCCAUGAAGUAGCAGAAGCUAUCAUCAGCCUCCGAACCUCGCCCGAAAUUUGCUGAUCCAGUUCUCGCCGUCGCGACAAGAUUGGCGCGGCGCAUUGCACAAAGAAUGAAUUUAUUUCGUGAAUUGCGAACGACUAAAGGAUGGGCUCAAAUCCAUCUGUACCUCCAGCUGUUUGGUUGCAACUCGAGUCAUGCGCUCAGCUCAAGUAGGGGAAUUAUAGGGGUCUCCAGGUAUGGUUGGUGUUGAUAGAGCUUGAAUUUUCAGUGAGAUGUUGGAGCAAGAUUGAUUGACAUUCUAAGCAACCUUUUGUGGUAUAUGUACACAUCAUACCAGAGUCGCACGGAUUUAGAGUAAAUAUCAUCAGAAUUGGAUAGUGUAGGUAAUGUACAAAAUUCGAGUGACAGUUCCAGAGAAUAAACACGACACCUCCUAGCCCGG